CAUUUGGCUGCUGCACAUCUCGGAAAUACAAGUUUCAGCAUGGCUUUGGAGCACCUGAGUGAAAAUGUAGCAGUUGCUUAACAAUUCUCAGAAUAUAUCAGAAACACUCCGAAGUCGUUGCAGCGAUUCGUCGGUAAACUUUCCCCGGAGGAACAAUUGUCGUGGCCAAAAUGUCAGAGAUGAGGGCAAAGAAAAAAGACCCUCCUGCUAAAACGCAACAACCCAAAUCCACAGAGAAAAACAGGACAGCGAAAAUGAAAAGAAAAAACUGGAUGAAACAGAAGUUUGGAAAGAAGAAGCCUCCAAAGCAAGACAAAAAAGCUGAACCUCAACGUAUAUUACCACCUAAAGAUGUACAACAGUUCUCUUCUAACUGGAAGACUUUACAAGAGAUUUUGAAGGUUUCUCAACCAGAGAAGAAGCAGCCUGUGGUACCAAAACAGAAUGGUGCUCUACAAAAAAAGGAGGCUAAAGACAAUUCCUUAAAAAAUAUGUCCAAGAAUAAUGUCCAUCCUACGCAGACAGACAAAGGGAAAAAAGUAUAUCACAAAACAAUUCCUGAAAGAGUUGUCUCUAAGGAUUCUGAGGUGACCUCAAAGGUUUAUGCUGUUACAGAGAGAGGGCAGCCUGCUGCUCCAAAAAGGAAAAAGGACAGUGGAAAGUCAAACGAUGAGUUGGCAGCAAAAAAGAAGAAGAUAUCUGUAGUUGUAGAGACUAAACCUACAGAGGAGGACCUUUGGUUUGAUGAUGUGGACCCUGAUGACAUAGAGGCAACAGUGGGAGCAGAGGCAGCCGAGAUUAUGAGGAAAAAACAGGGAAUUCACAAGAGCAAUGACACAGAGAGCGCUCUGGUCAAGGAGAAGGCCUUUGAGGGCCUCACCAGAGCCGUGGCCAUUGAUUGCGAGAUGGUGGGAGUUGGUCAUGAUGGAGAGGACAGCAUCUUGGCGCGUGUGUCCCUGGUGAAUCAGUUCGGGAAAUGCAUCUAUGACAAAUUUGUGAAACCCACAGAGAAGGUGACAGACUACAGAACAGCUGUCAGUGGCGUCAGACCAGAGGAUAUCCAAGACGGAGAGGAUGUGCAGACCGUGCAGAGGGAGGUUGCAGAGAUCCUGCAAGGCAGAAUAGUUGUUGGACAUGCCAUCCACAAUGACUUAAAGAUUUUGCUCUUGGAUCAUCCAAAAAAGAAAAUCCGGGACACUCAGAAGUACAAACCCUUUAAGAAGACUGUAAAGAGUGGUCGACCAUCGCUGAAGCUUCUCUGUCGAGAAAUACUCAACGUUAAAGUCCAACAGGGGGAGCAUUCAUCUGUCCAGGAUGCACAGGCCACCAUGAGGCUCUACACUCUGGCUAAAAAACAAUGGGAGGCGGAAAUAAAAGCCAGUCAGAAAAACAAAGACUUAAACAAGAAGGGUGAGAGGAAGCCCAAGUUUCCCCAAAACAAGGGCAAGAAGCACAUGGGAUUAUGAAUUCCAAACUUCAAGAAGUUGGACGGUGCCUGGAUCAGAACAGAGAUGACUGAAAUUAUUAUGAGUUUGUGUUUGUUCUUGGGAAACAAGAAACACAAACAAGAGUUGUCAUUCCGUGAUGUUUAAGCUUAGCCUGGCAACCACACUUACCUGGAGGCUCAUGUCUGGUUCAGAUAGAUUUCACAUCAGCCUGACUCACGUUCGGCCAAUCACAACCGUUUAUUUAAUGUUAGAUAAAAUUUGAGAUAAAUGUAUUUGAUGUUUCUUUUGAUUUUAAAGUUUGACCCAUGUCCCAUCUGUCAACAUGGAGGAGGCAGGUCUUAUGACCUUCACUGGAGCUAGUUACCCUAAAUGCUUUGACUUCACUAUUUGGUAGCUUUCAUGUCAUCUGUCUUUUUAUAUUGAACAUGUAUUGAAGUAGAAGCCAUUGAAGCUGGCUCUUGGAACUAGCUUCCUAGCUUAGCUUCCAGCACACUACGCACAUUUCUGAUACUGUGACUGUCUGUAGUGUCCAUUUACAUUCAUAACUCUGCUCUGUAGUCAAAAUAUAAAAUCAGAGGGGUUCCCAACUGGCCUUGUCAGACUUACGAGAAGAUGUGUUCCCGCUGAGCUGCUUAAGCUGUGGCUCACAUAGAUAUAAUAAUAAGGGGGCCCAUAUUGAUCCUUUUCAGAUGUUUCCUGUUGAAUAUCUCCAAUGAUCAUUUCGUAAUAUUUUAUCCCUACUGGUUGGAGGCAGGUGUUCCAAUCAUGAGCUUUCCAGUUUCCUCCAUGGAAUGCUCUUCAGAUCUCAGGAUCAUUUCCAAACAGCUCUCAGCUACAUGGUUUCUUCACUGGGGAACCAAAGUUAUAUCAACUGUUUGUUCAGGUGUUUGGUUUCUUAUGACUUGGUUUGUAAUUAAUAUUUCCUGGUUGCCUUAAUGUGUUUAUGUAAAAGUAUGAAUAAAACAAGAGAGAAAUUAUU